GGCGGCAUUGUGCGCGCACCAGCAGCCCGGCCCGGGAGGAGCAGGACGCGCCGGGGCCGCCUCCUCCCGCACGGACCCAUGAACCAGCCGGGCGGCGCGGCGGCUCCGCAGGCUGACGGAGCCAGUGCGGCUGGAAGGAAAAGCACGGCGAGCAGGGAGCGCUUGAAGCGCAGCCAGAAGAACACCAAGGUGGAGGGGCCAGAGCCUGUGCCGGCCGAGGCCUCGCUGAGUGCCGAGCAGGGGACGAUGACGGAGGUGAAGGUGAAAACAGAGGUGCCCGACGACUACAUCCAGGAGGUGAUCUGGCAGGGCGAGGCCAAGGAAGAGAAGAAGGCAGUCAGCAAGGACGGGACCGGCGACGUGCCCGCCGAGAUCUGCGUGGUGAUCGGCGGCGUCCGCAACCAGCAGACCCUCGGGUCCUAUGAGUGUGGAAUCUGUGGCAAGAAGUACAAGUAUUACAACUGUUUCCAAACCCACGUACGGGCACACCGAGACACCGAAGCCACCUCAGGCGAGGGAGCCUCCCAAGGCAACAAUUUCAGGUACACGUGUGACAUCUGCGGGAAGAAGUACAAAUACUAUAGCUGCUUCCAAGAGCACCGAGACCUCCAUGCAGUGGAUGUGUUUAGUGUGGAAGGGGCCCCCGAGAAUCGGGCAGACCCCUUCGACCAAGGUGUCGUGGCCACUGAAGAGGUGAAGGAGGAACCCCCGGAACCAUUCCAGAAAAUCGGGCCAAUGAACAAUAUUACAUCAGAAAUUUUUAAGAAGAAAGAAGUUAGGCAGACCCAAAAGAGAGAAACUGGUAACUACACCUGUGAAUUCUGCGGCAAGCAGUACAAGUACUACACGCCCUACCAGGAGCACGUGGCCUUACAUGCCCCCAUCAGUACCGCCCCCGGGUGGGAGCCACCGGACGAUCCAGACACAGGCUCUGAGUGUUCACAUCCAGAGGUCUCCCCAUCUCCACGCUUCGUGGCAGCGAAGACCCAGACGAACCAGUCGGGGAAAAAAGCUUCGGCCUCCGUGGUCCGAUGCGCCACCCUCUUACACCGCACCCCUCCAGCCACCCAAACCCAGACGUUCCGCACUCCAAAUUCAGGAUCUCCGGCAAGCAAGGCAACCGCAGCAGAAAGUGCUUUCAGUCGGAGAGUAGAAAGCAAAGCACAAAACCACUUUGAAGAGACGAAUAGCAGCUCCCAAAACUCCAGCGAAACUGCAAGUCCCCUGGUUUCCAAUACUUUCCCUCUCCUGCAGAAACCUUACACCUGUGGCGCCUGUGGGAUCCAGUUCCAGUUCUACAACAACCUGUUGGAGCACAUGCAGUCCCAUGCGGCGGACAAUGAGAACAACAUUGCCUCCAACCAGUCCCGAUCACCACCUGCUAUUGUGGAAGAGAAGUGGAAACCCCAGGCCCAGAGGAACAGUGCCAACAACACCACGAGCAGUGGUUUAACACCCAAUAGCAUGAUCCCUGAGAAGGAGCGGCAGAACAUUGCCGAGCGGCUGCUGCGGGUCAUUUGUGCCGACCUGGGUGCGCUGAGCGUGGUGAGCGGGAAGGAGUUCCUGAAACUGGCACAGACACUGGUGGACAGUGGCGCCCGCUACGGUGCCUUCUCGGUCACGGAGAUCCUGGGCAACUUCAACACGCUGGCACUGAAGCACCUACCACGCAUGUACAACCAGGUGAAGGUGAAGGUGACGUGUGCCUUGGGCAGCAACGCUUGCCUGGGCAUUGGCGUCACCUGCCACUCACAGAGCGUGGGCCCCGACUCCUGCUACAUCCUCACAGCCUACCAGGCCGAGGGCAACCACAUCAAGAGCUACGUGCUGGGCGUGAAGGGCGCAGACAUUCGUGACAGUGGUGACCUGGUGCACCACUGGGUGCAGAAUGUGCUGUCGGAGUUCGUGAUGUCGGAGAUCAGGACAGUGUACGUGACGGACUGCCGGGUGAGCGCGUCCGCCUUCUCCAAGGCCGGCAUGUGCCUCCGCUGCUCAGCCUGUGCCUUGAACUCGGUGGUGCAGAGCGUGCUGAGCAAGCGGACGCUGCAGGCCCGCAGCAUGCACGAGGUUAUCGAGCUGCUCAACGUGUGCGAGGACCUGGCGGGCUCCACAGGCCUCGCCAAGGAGACCUUCGGGUCGCUGGAGGAGACCUCGCCCCCGCCCUGCUGGAACUCGGUCACGGACUCACUGCUGCUGGUGCACGAGCGCUACGAGCAGAUCUGCGAAUUCUACAGCCGGGCCAAGAAGAUGAACCUCAUCCAGAGCCUCAACAAGCACCUGCUCAGCAACCUGGCGGCCAUCCUGACGCCAGUGAAGCAGGCGGUCAUCGAGCUGAGCAACGAGAGCCAGCCCACCCUGCAGCUGGUGCUGCCCACCUACGUCAGGCUGGAGAAGCUGUUCACCGCCAAGGCCAAUGACGCGGGCACUGUCAGCAAGCUGUGCCACCUCUUCCUGGAGGCCCUCAAGGAGAACUUCAAGGUGCACCCGGCGCACAAGGUGGCCAUGAUCCUGGACCCGCAGCAGAAGCUGCGGCCCGUCCCACCCUACCAGCACGAGGAGAUCAUCGGCAAGGUGUGCGAGCUCAUCAAUGAGGUCAAGGAGUCCUGGACCGAGGAGGCGGACUUCGAGCCCGCUGCCAAGAAGCCCCGCUCUGCCGCCGGCGAGAACCCCGCAGCUCAGGAGGACGAGCGGCUGGGGAAGAACGAAGUGUACGAUUACCUGCAGGAGCCCCUCUUCCAGGCCACGCCCGAUCUCUUCCAGUACUGGUCUUGCGUUACCCAAAAGCACACAAAACUCGCCAAGCUCGCCUUCUGGCUACUUGCGGUCCCGGCUGUGGGGGCCAGGAGCGGAUGUGUAAAUAUGUGUGAACAGGCACUUCUAAUCAAAAGGAGGCGACUGCUCAGUCCAGAAGAUAUGAACAAACUCAUGUUUCUGAAAUCCAACAUGCUUUAAGACUUGACUUCAGAAUUAAAAAAAAAAAAUUGUAAAAGGAAAAGAAGAGAAGGGUAGGAAAAAAAAAACACACAACACUGUCGCAAACAAAGAAAAGGAAUUUAAGUUCUAAACACUGUGGACCUCAUUAUAAAUGCCCCCUGGAAACUUAAGUGCUUUUUUUCAGUGUGUGUGUGCAUGUGUGUGCACACCCGCCCCUGUGCGGACGUAUCCGAGCACACAUACCGUGGGUGCGGGCGUGGGGCUCUGCGCUCCUCUGUGUGGCCGCAGAAGCUUUGCGCACGCGUGCACACACAUACUACCCUGGUGCAUGUACCCUCGCCUGCUCAUGGGCGUGUGUGCAUUAAACUGGGUGUGUCAGGAAAGCUGAGUGUUCGGGAAAGAGGGAAGAUGCUUCACCUCCUUUUCUCAGUAAGGGGCUUUAAAGACUCCAUUUUCAGGUGUGCAGAUUGGUGGAACGCUGAUGUAAAGUGUUCAGGCAGCUGAAAUCUGAAGUGACUUGACACUCUCUGUCCUUCACCCCGUGGUCCGCCUUUUCCCUCCAUUCCCCUCCUCCAAGCCCUCCUGACCCUAAUGCAGCCCCUCCACCCCGCCCCUCCCCAGCUGCCCUGCCAUGGUUUCUCCAAACUGCAUCAGAUGGACAGUUUCUGCACUGGACUUCGUUCUUGCACCUUCAGGGCAUUGAGCUGCUGCCUUCGAGACACCCUCGGGUGUAAUGGGGCAGCCGCCUUAGAAACACACCUAUCUAUCUCCCCAAAUCAGGAAAGGAGACUUUAAGAAUAUAAAGCUGACUUUUGGCUUUUUAAUAUAAGAGAGAAAAAAGACAUUUUUCAGAGAAGUAUAGAUACUGUCUCCACUCCUUUUUUCCCCUUAACAUUUCAGCAGUUCUUACCUUUUUUUUUUUUUUUGGCUUGUCUAGUUUUUUCUAAUUUUUAGACUCUGCUAGGAGGCACUGAAUGUCUAUAACUUAUGUUUUGGAGGCUUUUUAAAAAAAUGGCCCUUUUUGUUCCUCAAGUCACACUGUAAACUAGCUCAUCUCAGUGGUAUAUUCACUAUCUUAAGGUUUUUAUUAGCCUUCCCUGUACAGUCCAGUUUUCAUGUAUUUGGACAGCCAAGACCAUGCACAUGGCUGUGCUGUUUGGAGACCAGGAAUGGGGUUGGAGUCACAGGUUUCACAGAUUUGGAGUUUGGUGGAAGCCAUAGGGAAGCAUGUGGCUUAGGAGUUUUCCUGAAUGUAAGCAGGUGACCCGCCCUCCUGGCUCAUUGUGUCUGGUACUGCGAAUGUCUGACUUAUAUACCCAGAGUGCAUUACACUACUCGCCACAUCACUGACACUUCCAGCUCAGCAGGGACUCCUGAGUUGAUCCGUGUUCACAUCCAUCACACCUCAGACCCACAGCCUCUACCCCCUCCCCAGGACUCCAGGGGUUCCGGUGGUUACAUUGCCCACAGCCCUGGGGUCCCCACGCAAGCCUCAGCCCUCCUUCCAGGACAGUAGUUGAGCAUGGUGCCUUGUGGGCCAAACAAUUGAUGUUUUGGGGAUGGAAUGGCAUUAGGCCAUAUUCAACUUGAUGCUGUGAAAGAUAUUUAGACUUUUCUCUCCAUGAGCAAUUUAGGUUCUACACACUCAGUCCAAAUGCUCAGAGCAUGGCCCCUUUCCCCUCACAAGAGUUGGUUCCAUCAGGAUAAGCGCUCAACCCCCCACACCACCUCUCCAUGAAUAAAGUUCUCUCAUAUCCUCCGGUGCCCAUGGUCGUGGGAUUGAGAUGGUUACACCAAGGGCUUCAGGCUGAGAAAGCCCAGCAUUGUGAGGGGCCAUUCGCAAAGGUACAUUCUACCAUCUUGGGGUUGACGGUGUCCACUCCAUCCCCUCCUAGUAAUAAAGCAUUACUCAACUGCGAGAUACCUCGACUACAAAAAGCACUGUACAACAACAGCCCUCUUACCUGGUCUGUGGCAGACGAGGACGUGAAGUUGGUUUAAAAACACUGUCCCUGGGGUCCAAGUCUGCUCACUUUGCCUCAUGAAAACUAACCCUCCUAGUCGUCGACAUACUGAAAUGCAUCAAAGUGGGCCGUUUCCACAGUCUCUGCCGUAAGCCAUGGUCUCAGGAACCACCAUGCCAUUUCCUCUCCUGGAGAAGUUCUAGGUGUUUCUUCCACAGCAUUUCCAACCUGAGGUCAUGCCAUCAGAAGAGCCUCCGUCUGCACGGGACAGCCAUCUAAUGUCACUUGCUAGAGAGUAUGGGAGCAACAAGCAGACUUUUUGAUGGGACCUUUGGGGGCAUUCCAGAAGGUGGCUGCAGGGUUGCUGAUGAGUGACAGAUGCCUACUGCGAGAGAUCCCUCCAGCUUUGCUUUGCUGGAGGGAUCAACAACCUGGCACUUUAACCACACAAGAAGGGUCAUAGCUACCCACUUUGUGUGGUCGGUGGGAGCGGAACCUUGGAGCCCAACCUCCUUCUACUUAGAGCAGAGCUGUGCUGGUGUUGCCCCGUUUUUGGACCAGUUGUUAGAAAGCAGGUAUUUCACUUUCUUGCAAAGCUAUUGGAGACCAAGCCCAGAUAUGCAUUUAGAGCACUCAGCAUUCUUCUCUUUAGAACACGGGAUAUCUGCCCUCCAGAAUGAAAAUUCGAGUAAGUUUUACUAAACAUUAGAUACCUAGUCAUAUGUGUCACCUCCUGUUCUUUCUUUCCACCUCAGUUCAACCCUCAAAGCUUGGCUUGCUCUGCAGGCUUGAUGUGAAUGCCACUGGGUAAUCUGAAAGCUGUUUCCUGGGGCUGCCCAUCCAGAUGUGGUAACAGGGUGGUAGGUAGUCAUUUCUCUCUUGCAACCUCUGGUUCCCCCAAAACUGGUGUUAUCAGCAGGAAAGACUGCACCAAGCUUCCCUUGUCUGCUGUCUCACGCAGGUAAUUCCCAUUGUGCAAAUCCUGCUGUAACGAAUAGCUUAACAAAUCCCAAAGAUCUCACAGGUCCAGCCACUGGCCCCCUGAUUUCCAGCAAUAUCCACCUUGUUCAAAUUCUAGUUCAGCCAAAGGAUUGAGGUAGGCUCUUCCAGUUCAUCUCCAGGCGCCCAACCUGGCAUUGAUCUUCGGAAGGAUUUUGUCUUCUGUUUCCCACUUCAGUGACUGCUGUAGGACUUUCCACCAUAGGCCCUUGGGGACUGGCAAACCAGGUGCCAUUUCUGUCUUGUUCUGAGCAGCUCAAGGUGGUUGCCUGCUGACUUGGAUACAACUCAUCUCAAGCCAUGUGAUGCCCAGGACAGAACUGGUCUUUGUUUUGAUAUAUUCAGACCCCAGAGGAGACUCUUCAGGGGGUUUGCCCCUCACCGGAGGUCAGUUGGCUUCACCACCAAAGCCCAAGCCAAGGACCAUGCCUCAUGGGUGGUCCCUCAGAUUUGGAACAGCCCAGGAGUCUCGGCUCUAUCCAGAGCAAUGGUGCCAUCCCAGUCAUCGUGAGUGGAUGCUCUCAUCCCAACACUGUUCUCCUUUCCCUAUACCUCAGUCUCCCAGCUCGGCUUCCCUUCUAAUGGUUGUUAGAGACAAAGAAACAAAACAGAGGAGCCACCUGCUGUGUCCGCAUCAAGCCUGCCUGACCUCAUGCUUGGCAUUCAGAGAUUGGCUCCUGGAUCGGAAAAGGGUACGAUGACAUUGAGAAGUUAUGGGUCUCCAGGAUUCAAAGAGGGACUUUUUUUUUUUCUUACACCAGGUCCGUAGGCUGGCAGGUGUUCUCUCCUUCAGUUUGCGCCUUUUUCUCCUGCACUUUCAAGAAACACCAGAGAAAAACUCCACAAGGCAUGUUUUCCACUGUGAAGCUGAACUUCUUCUGUCUUUAGGAGUCCCCUGUGCUUGCAGGAGGCCACCUGCUUCUACCUGGACUUGGACUAGACUCCUUAGAGAGUGGGCACCUGGAGAUGUCGAGGAUACAGCACACACUCUCUGGGGCCCACAGGUUCACAAGAAAGGUUUGAAAUGACGUUGGGAGGUGGGUGAAGAAGGGAGGUUUCGUGAGAAGUGGCCCAGAAAGGGACAAUACCUGGCUAUGUUCAUCAUCAUGGAUGUGCUUGCAGACACAGGGCACAGUGGGCAGCCUCCUGCCCCACUGAGCUGGAGCAAGUUCAUAGCUGUGCCCUUGCCUUGGGAACAGGGCACUGCCUGUGUCCCUGGGAUGUACCCAAGGAAGGGCUCCUAGAAAGCCUGCUGCUUUAGACAGAACCGAGAGGCUAAGUAGAGCUCAGGCUGUUCCCUGGAGACUGGGUGGGGGGCUCUUACUCGACCCCCGCCAACCUCACCCCAGCCUCUUGUACCCACCUGGGCCAGCGGGAGAGCUGGGACAGGGCCUGCCCCUCUCUUCACUGUGGCUAAUGUUUGCUAGGCCAGUUAUGGUGAACCAAUGAUACAGUGUUUUUCCCUCUUAUGUUUCCCUCCCAGUUUCCCCUCUUCAGGGUUUUCUGGAGGAUUUUGUUGUUGUUUUUCUUUGUCUCUCAUUUGGGUUUGAGGAUUGUUGUCAGUAGAGGCCUACCUUUUUGUGAAGGGGCCCUGUGGUUACUGUGCGAAAAGGUCCCUGCUUCCGUUUUGAUGAGGGUGAAGAUCUUUAGGUUGCUGUUUGUAUAUCCACGCCCCCACCGCCGCCACCACAGUGUUGCUUUAAAGAUGCAACUCCUGUACAGAGAACAAUCUGCUGGGUUUGCAGUUGGGCGUCAGCAUCAGGACCCUUGAGGGUUCUACCCAUCCAUAUGCGUUCCACUGGGCACCUUGACUCUUCAAACCAAAGUUCCUUAUAGGGGCACAGCCCAGCCUUGACCGCAACCUCAGGGGCCUGGGGACCCCUGUGGUGCUUCCUGAAGUCCAGCUUGGCAGAGACCUUGAGGUCUGAAACCAGCCAGAAGGAGGUGCUCCUCCCACAAGCCAGGUGCCCGCCAAUCCCUGCCUGGGACCCUCCCACCCAGCCCAAGUAGCUGGGAUCCCAAGCAGUGAGCAAGCUCAUGGACUGGCAUGGGGCUGGGACUCACCAGGCAGGAGGCAGAGGGACCGGUGGGGCUGGAGGCUCUCAGACCCACCGGGCGUCAUGUCCAGGGCCAUUCAGAACCCAGGCAUCAGGAAAUCGUUUUGUACAACCACCUGAAGCAGAGAUAUUUUUUAAAAAAUAUAAAUUAUUUUCAGUUCUCUUCUGAUCCUGCCUUUUUCUUUUCCCCCACAACUUCACAUCGGUGAUUCUUUCACAUCAGGUAAAUCGAGAAAGCCUUGGUGCCCCCUCCCUCCUGUGCCCCACUCAGUAACCACGUGUGUGCACCACCACCCCCAUCCUUUCUCAGUAGUUAAGAUGUUCUAGGCAAUACCAUAGGCACAUGUGACUGUGUCUCGAGUGCAAGAAACUCAAGUCAUCUUAAAAAAAUACAAAAAAAAAUUUACAAAAAAACAAACACAAAAAAAUAUCUUUUUUAGGCCAGAGUUUUCUACAGGUAUUAAUGAAUAUUUUUCUUAAUCCUUAUAAGUUUUAUGUGUUUAAUAUUUCUUAAUACCGGUAGCAUUAAUUUAUACUUUUGUAGCAACACAAUAUUUUUAUAAACAGCCAGUGCUUGGCUCAAGUCUCCACAAGGGGUUUAUGCAGGGCCAUCUUGGGACCCUGUGUACCAUGUACUGUAUUUAAAAAAAAAGUUACCUAGUGUCACCCUUGCUGUGUUAAUUAACAAAAGACGUUGUUUGCAGUCUCCUGUGUCAGUGUGGAUCCAACAACUUGUGGAUCCAACAGCUCUGCAAGGAGUCACAUUGCAUGGGGGUUGAGUUGAUGGUUCUUGUGUGAUGUGUAAGCCCCCGAGACCAAACGAGGGUUUAUUUAAGGGUUUCUGUUUGUCCUUUGGGUUUUUUGUUUCACUUUGUUUUGGUACCGUUUCUCCAUUUACAGCGAAAUCAGUUUCGUGAUGUUGAAAACUUUUACUGAUGUCAUAUGGAGGAAAGGACCAGAAAAAAGAAAAGAUUUUUACAAAGUAAUAAAAUUUAAAACUGAGCUGUUUAAAUGUUGCUGUUUUUACCUGUUUGUUCUUGUCUGAAAGUGGGACAUUCCCAGGGAGAAGAGGAAGGUUCCACUUGGUUCUUUAAAUCGCCAAAAGCCCCAGCCCAGAAUUCAGAACCCCUCUACCCCAUGAAUUCUUGCAACAUUAUUUCCCAGUUGGUUGAUGCCAAGGCAAAAAGACAUCCUUUUUAACGGUUAGAGGAUCAGUUGGUUAAAUGAUUUCAUGUCAGUGUUGUAUUUAUGGUUUUACAAUAAAACAACCUUUAGAAAGA